AUGCAAGGGGCCAAGCCCGCGACCAGCAGCAGCAAUGGGAGUGUGGGUAGCAGCAGUAGCCGAAGCAGCGGUAGGCGAAGCAGCAGACGGGAUGAAGGAGGGAUGGCGAUCAGGAAAGGGACGUGGAUGGCCGAGGAGGACGAGAUCCUGAUGGAGUACGUCCGGAAGCACGGUCCCCGCGACUGGAGCUCCAUUCGAUCCAAAGGCCUCCUCGCCCGCACCGGCAAGUCCUGCCGCCUCCGCUGGGUCAACAAACUCAAGCCCGACCUUAAAACCGGGUGCAAGUUCUCGCCGGAGGAGGAGAGGAUAGUGCUGGAUCUGCAAGCCAAGUUCGGGAACAAGUGGGCGAGGAUCGCGACGUACCUGCCGGGGCGGACGGACAACGACGUGAAGAACUUCUGGAGCACGCGGCAGAAGAGGCUGGCUAGGAUCUCGCGCUCGUCUCUCCCACCCAGAUCAAGCAAGAACGAUAAGGAGUUACCUGCUGUCUCUUCAUAUGAAGCACCGCCCAACAUGGAAGACACCUGCCUCGAUCUGGUUUUGCUUGAAGAAGGAUCCUCCAACGUUCAGUGCGGCACCGCUCUCUACGUGGACAACCAGUACGCCAUGAGCAUGGCUCCGAGCCCAUGCAACCUUGGCCUUGGUACGGCCCUACCGCCCCUGCUUGAACCAGCAACUGAAGAGGAGCUGCUUCGCCUCCCGAACACCUCGAUGCCGCCGCAGCCGCCACCACCGCAGCAGCAUAUCGGCCCCCUUCCCCAGCCUUCCCUCGACUACCUCGACCACUUCACCGGCGAGGAGAUCUGCUUUUCGGAAGAGUUCGGUUGCCAGGGGUCGUCACCCUGCAUGCAAUUCUUGUACGACGGAUCGCCGUUCGCGAGAGAAGAUGAGCAGCCACCGGCGCCUGAUAGCUUGUUCGAUGACUUGCCGUCGGACUUGUUUGACUACCUAGAGCCACCGCCGCCGCCUCCUCCAACUUCAUCUGCUUCAUAA